GGUUUUACCUCUGUGGUCUAUGUUAUUUUUUGCGCAGGUGUUUUUAUUUUUCUGAAAGUGUUUGGUCAUGGUUGUGUUUAUAUUUUGAGAAGUACUUAAAUGAAUUUUGUGCGAGAGUCCGAGGAGGGAUUGUGAAAUCGAUUUUAAAAGUAACAAUAAUUGUAGCUAUUAUUACACAUUCUCAAAUGGUUCCAUGAUUAGUAUUGUUAUUGUAUCACAAUGAUCGAAGAAAUUGAAGAGCAAGAAUUUUAUCAGUGUGAUUUCACAACCGCGUCGGCAUGGGAAGUGUUUAUUUCACGUUUAGAAGAAGUAAUACACGACUGGAAGUUAUCAAACCUAAAGAGAGGUCCACCACUCAAGUCGGGUGACUUGAGCAAAAAUGAUUGGGAAAUAACAUCCGAGAAGGUUUCGUUCGCAGACGUGGACUUUGUGCUGACGAGGCACCGCGUGCGUCUGGAGGAUGCUGCGGCCAGCCUGCCGGGGGACCAGAGCGCGGAGCCGUGCCAGGCGCUGGCGGACAUGAUGUCGCUGGAGAACACGUUCCCCGAGGCCGGGGCGCCGGCCCCCCCCGUGGUGUGCUGGUUCGGGCUGCGCGACUUCCUGGUGCUGGCGCCCGCCCGCGGCGCGCAAGUCUCCUCCGAGAGCAAGCUCAAGAUGCUGCUCAGCUCCGUGUGCAUGGCCGUCAGCAACUCCGGCUGCGAGCUGCCCGUGCUGGUGCAGGCUCUGGAGCCGUGGCAGCAGUACUGCGUGGGCGUGUGCGAAGCACGCGGGGUUCGCACAGAGUUCGAGAUGGUGCACUUGAAGAGACCGCCCCCGCACUGCAAGCACCUCACAGGUCUGGUGGAGGUGUUCAAGUCGAAGCUGAUGAGUGCCGUGCCCUUGGAGCCGGUGACCGUGUCUGUGCGCUUCACGUACGUGCUGCGAGACUGGACCAGCAGCACGUGGUCUCAAGAGCCGCCGGACUUCGACUUCCUCCAGGGCGAGAUGCUGGGAGUGCUGGAGCUAGGCAAGCUGCCCUUCGGAGCCACCUUCGACCCUAUCAGCGAGCUGAGCCUGCACGCCACGUGGCCGCAGCUGGCGGAGAACGUGGUGGUGGACAGCGAGAGCUACUCGGACCUGGAGCCCGCCCACGCCCCUCUCUGGUCCGUGCGAGUGGCCGUGCAUGAGCGGCCGGCCUGCCUGCUGGGGGAGUGCCUGGCCGAGUUCCUGCAGCUGUGCUCGCAGCCCGCCUCGCUCGCCGACCUGCUGGGCGACCUGGUGGCCGACAGAGCCAGCAGAAACUUUGGGGGCUCGCUGAGCGUGCUGACGGAGUCGCCCGUGCCGACCAUCUCGAAGAUGCUGAGGCGCGCCACGGGGUCGGGCGGCCGCCCCAGCCCGGAGGGCCCGCUCUCCGAGGAGGUGCUCAUGCCCAUCCUCUUCUUCCUGUUCCCGGAUGCCGACAGCAAGUGCAAAAGUCCAUAUGCAGAUAGCAUGGCAACCAGCUACACAUCAGAAGAAAAAAACAGCCUGAUGUCGGGGCUGAAGUCGGCGGCGAGGGACGGCCUGGUGUGGCGCCUGGCCGUGGCCACGGCGCACGCCGUGCACACGCUGGGGGGGCCCAGGGCGGCCGCACACCUCUGGUACGAGCUGGGGCAGGAGCUGCGCUACCGCUGGGAGAAGAACAUCCCCGUGCCCGGGGUGGCGCCAGGCUUUCCUGACCACAGAACCUGCCUGCUGCACCAGAAGCUGCAGAUGUUCAACUGCUGCGUCGAGAGGAGAGCUAUGAGGGAGCGUCUGGCGGUGUCCUGGUCCAGUCCACAGCCUCUCGAGUCAGAUUCUUCCGACGAUGAGGAGUUCUUCGACUGUUGGGCAGAUGAGCCGCGCGACACCGCGCGGGACAAGCGGCCUCGCCACAAGCACUCGCUGUGGAACCAGCCCGUGGGGCGGCUGGAACGACACGGCGACCUCAGACUGCUGCACACUGGCGAGCACCUCUACAUCCCCGUGACGCAGGACCCCGUGCCCAAGACGGAGGACCAGAUAGAGGAAGACGCCAACGUGCUCAUCCAGCUGGGCACAGACUCCGAGGGCGUGGAGCUGCGAGCCAGGAUGAUGAGCGCUUCCCUGCUGUCCGACAUGGAGUCCUUCAAGGCAGCUAACCCGGGAGCUGUUUUGGAAGACUUCAUUCGCUGGUACUCCCCGCGGGAUUGGAUAGAAGGGGAAGAACAGGAUGACUUCGGCCAGAAGAAAGGGACGCUGAGCCAGCGCAUGCAGAUCAAGGACAACAUGUGGGUGGAGGUGUGGAACGCAGCCAAGCCAGUGCCAGCCCAGCGCCAGAAGAGGUUGUUUGACGACACGUGCGAGGCGGAGAAGGUGCUGUUCUUCUUCAGCGCCCAGAGGAUGUCCGGCGUGGCCAGACUGCUGCUGCCGACGCUGGUCCAUGCCGCCGUCUCCCGCCUCGUGGAGGAGCAGAAGGACUACAUCCCGGGGCUGGAAGCCUCCAUGCAGAGCAUCGUGAAGCGCGCGGAGAGGCUCACUCGCAACCCACACCCCAGCCAGCGUCACUACGAGGAGCUGGUCUCUGAGCUGGUGGGAGCAGAGACGGUGGUGGCCCAGGCCAUCUCGCUGGAGCACAAGUUCUGCUCAGACAACAGUGUGGGGCUGCAGGUGUUCCUAGCACGGCUGAUGACAGAGACUGAUGUUGAGGUGCCAGGCGGACCAUGGGGUGCCAUCGGCAACAAGAUCAGGGCUAUGUUCGGAGAGGCGCAGAAAGCGCUGCAGCUGGUGUCGAAGGUGGAGCGCGCCGGCGAGGACGAGCCAUGGAGCCACAGCCCAGCCGCCAUCUUCCCGCCACCGACCAAGCGGGAGUUCGUGCUGCGAGCCGUGGCUUCGCGCCCCGCGCCCUACUCUGCCCCCUCGCCCCAGCGCAUGUACUGCUCCCUGCAGCGCCACGAGUUCCGCCUGGCCGGCGCCUUCUCGCUCGACACCGUCUUCCAGUAGUUCUCCCCCGUCUCUCUUCACACCAUUACCGUUGGUCGUUAGAACUGGCACGCGGAUGUUCAUCAGGCCUAAUAUUCAUGUUGCACGGCAGCCCUGUAUGACCGAGAUAACCUGUGGGCCCGCCUGGGGCGCGACGCUUCACUGCAUGGCAGUGACCUGUCGGACCGUGUGGUCAGUGUGCAGUCCAAGGAAACUACGCCACAUAGUGGAUGACGUAGAAGAUAGUAGACACCUCCAGCACUGUGGACUAGGUGCGAACAGGAUUGGACUAGCACUGUAUCUUCAUGUAAAUGUUCUCGAGGAUACUAUUUCGACUCUACACGUCAACAUAUCGCCCACGGUAGUUUUUUUUUAUUGCUUGCUAUAAGAACGAUUUUGAAUUCUUGCUAUAAUAAUAAUAAUCAACCAAAAGUAUCACAGGUUGUGCAACCAGAAGCGAGAUUCGUUGGAGAUUACAUAAUCUCCAGAUCUGAUGUUCCAAUUGCUAUUCCAGUUUGCAAUCUCAGCUACCUUUGAUGAGCAAUCAGGGUGGCUGCAGAAAUGAGUGCUUGAAAAACAUUUCUAAGAGUUGAAAAUGCCAAAGAACCGUGCACAUGGGCGCAGAUAAAUUUUUUACAUGCCUACAAUGUUGAGCGAUGAUGUUUGAUGUAGCUGUACAGUUCAUAAUCACCAUGCACAUCAGAGGUCUGUCUCCAAGGACAUUGAUACUUCAUCCACUAAAUUAAGCCCAUUCUUUCUCGAGCCAUUAACCCCAUAUCUGCUUCUGCCAAUCCGAGAACCUAUUCCAUGGUAGAAUUUAUCCACAACCUACGAUACUCCUGUAGUCAAAUGCCAAAACCUGUUUGUAUGGUAGUCGUGUUUUUCGAGGCGGCAUGCACUCCAUAUGUGCACACGAUUAGCGAGGUAACCCAGUGCCACUUCCUCACAUUGACCUCCACUAAGUCACUCAUUUGAGUGGCUAGUACUUGUGCUGCUCUGCUCUGUUGGACAACUGAUCCUGUUCUCCACAUUACCCCGAGAUGGGUGUCUAAGAGGUGCCUCCAUCCUGGUGUUCCAGAUGUGUCCUGUAUUUGUUGUAAAUUUAGGAAAAAUCUAUAGCUUAUAAAUAAUAAGUGUGUUAUGCUAUAAUUUAUACAUUUAACUAGUUAUAUGAUGUGUUAGAAAACAUUUUUUGUUGUUUCUGUAUAGUCAAUUCUAUUUUUUGGUAAACUAUGUAUGUUGGCCUAGCUUUGAAUUUGUUUUAAUAUUUAUGCACAUAAUUUCUAUUAAUAACUCAUUUGUUGUGGUUGGGUGAUUAUAUAGGCAAAAACUGUCACAAUAAAUCCGUUCAACAGUUGAUAUCCAAGU